AUGCCUAAACCGGAUGUUGAGGUUUCAAAUUCGGAUAGUUCAUCACACCAAGUGGUUCGAUAUCAACACUUGAUCAAUAAUUCACCUAACAGCAACUAUUUUGUAUAUUACACGGAUAAUAUUGUUGACAAUACGAAACAACAUUUCAUCGACAGUUACAGUUCACAUAAUAACGACCCAGUCCCUGAACUAGCUGCGUACAGUCCGAGCUCUAUUCCUAUCCAACUAGUUACACUAGUUCAAUCGUCGAUAGAAAAUGCAGAAAUACAACAGAAGCAGCAGUUUGAAACACAGUAUCAAGAAAUUGAAGAACAUUUGAAGCUUGAGGAUGACAAAAAGAAUGGCAAUGGAACGGUUAUUCAAAAUUUUGUUACUAGUUUUUCGAAUUUAGUAAACGAAACUAGUGCCGCAGAUAUAGAUAAUGUUCAGGAAAGCAUGGUUGAGGAUAACAAGAAUGUUAUUGCAUCAAAUGUGCCGUUAGAAGACAGUUUAACGAAUGAAAGUCGUCACAUAAUAAAUAAUGUGACGCUAGAUAGUUUUGAUAGCCCUAUUAUCGUCCGUGAUAAUGAUGCCGCAGAAUCAGAGGAUAUUCGUAGCCAGCAUAUUGGAAAAGGAUUGUAUAAUAGAUCGUCGUUAAAACAAUUGAACGUAGAAAUAUUGGGAGAUUCCGAUGAUCAUAACAAUGGACAGUUCUUGAAAGAGAAAACUAUUUACACAAGCAAAGUGCCAACCGAUCCUUGUGAUAAUGACGGCAAUGGACAUGGCGUGUUGAUUACUAAACAAGUAUAUACUACAAUCAAACCAGUAACGAUAACACAUCUUAGAGAAUCAACAGCUGCGCGUUUAAACACAAGGUACGAGAAAACUCAACGAAUUGAAAUCGCCCCAUCUACGACACCACGAAAUAUAGCAACUGGUAUGCCCAGUCAUAAGAACUCCGCAUCACCUGGUUAUCUGGCACCAAUUCAAGCUGGUUUGCGCCUGUCUAACGAUAAUAAAUCACAUUCAUUGGACGACUGUUUUGACGCGGUAGCCUCCUUGGACGAACACACUUUAGUUAAAGUACAAAAAAACAAAAACAUUAAGAAUAUCUUGAUAAAUCAGGAAUCGACAAAACUACCACAAUUUGGUGCAAGAACUAAAACCGUGCAGCAACCUGUACAUGUUGAAAAACCUAUUGAAAGAAUCGUUAAGCAGCCGCUGUUUAUAGAAAAACCAGUGGAACGAAUUAUGAAGCAACCUAUACAUGUUGGGCAAGGUAUUAAGCAGACUGUGCAGCAGCCUGUAUACUUUGAGAAACAAGUCAAUCGAAUCAUACCACAGCCGGUUUUAGUUGAAAAAGUAGUACCAAUUGCUGUGGAAAGGAUUGUAGAAAAACCUAUCCACCAUACUCAUCAUGUAGAUCGACCGGUUCCGGUAGCGCACCAUUUGGCAGUUCAUGUUCCCGUAGCUAAAGUUAUCGAGAAACCAGUGCCAGUCGAAAAAAUAGUAACACACGAAGUAAAGGUUCCAUAUCCCGUAACGCACGUCGUUGAUCGACCAGGAGCAGUGGAGAAGAUUGUUGAAAAGCCUGUACUGGUUGAAGUUCCACGGUACGUUGAUCGACCGUAUCCUGUCGAGAAGGUGGUAGAACGUCCGUAUCCAGUGGAAGUUCCUAUUGAAAAGAUUAUCGAGAAGGUGGUUGAUCGGCCGGUCGAAGUGGAGCGAGUUGUUGAAAAGCAAGUUCAGGUUCCAGUUCCAGUGACGGUGGAAAAGGUUGUUGAAAAGAUUGUUAAUCAUCCAGUACCAUAUACAGUGGAAAAAAUAAUUGAUCGACCAUAUCCUGUGGAAAAGAUAGUUGAAAAAAUUGUUGAUAGACCCUUCCCCGUACAAGUUCCAGUCGAGGUUCCAUUUCAUGUGCCGGUUCAUUAUCCUGUUGAGGUUCCUAUUGCCAUUCCAAUACCGUUUACAGUGGAAAAAUAUAUAACGCUAACCGUACCCGAGCCGAAACCGACUCAUUCAAUUAUUAAGACUGUUCACCAUGAGCAUAUUGAUUUGGGAAAGCUUUUGUUGCAAAAGAAGAAACAUUUCGUUGAUCACUUUUUCCCAAAAUCUCAACGUCACCAAAAAGUUGCUGUGUUGGAGACACCGGCUAAGCAUGUGUUCCAGACAAGUCGUCGUUUUCAUCAAGGCGAUUUGCAUUUUGGAGCCUCUGUGUCAUCUCCACUACUAGUUGAUGAUAAUCAUCUGAAUAUUCAUUCACAUUUCUUAACUGAAAACCCGAGUCCGGUGUUUGCUGUUCUUCCCCCCUCUAAUGGUUACACUGGAAACUUUGGCUACCUACACAAUGAACCAAUUGUAAAGGAUGAUUACGUAGGCCCGACACCAUUGUUAGAGGAUCACUGGGCAGUUAAGACCGAUGUAAAGAUUCGUCGAAGCCCUGGUUAUGGCAAGAGUCUUCAUAUCGAGUAUGGAGGAUUUAAACCACCACUAGUACCCUCUGUGGAAAUUGACGAGCAUGGAAUUCCAGUGCACAAAAAUGAUAGGAUAUAA